GUUUGAGUGGGAGAGUGUGUGUGUGUGUUUGUGUUUGUGUGUGCGCAUGUCCUUGUGAGGGUGAAGCGAGGUAGCACAGCUCGACACACACUCGGCCACAGACAUGAAUCAGCUCCUGAAAGUUCCAGUUCUGGCCAGCCGUGCCUUCAGCAGCUCUGCCAGGCAGAUGAGGAACAGAGUGCCAGAGGCUCAGAAACUCUUCCAGGAGGACAAUGGACUCCCGGUCCACAUCAAAGGAGGAACCCUUGAUGUCCUGCUCUACCGGGCAACCAUGACUAUAGCUCUCACAGGAACCUGCUACUCUCUGUACUGGCUGUUCACUGCCUCCAUGCCUCAGAAGAAAGCCUAAAGAAGAAAGAGCCCCGGCCUCAGUCUGUCGCAUGGAGGACGACGCUCGGCUCUAACACUAAUGUUUGUUGUGUAUAACUGUAUUUGGUUUGUAUCAUCAUCCGUCCUUAUCUCAUCAGGGGAAUGAUGAAUAUUUAAAAGGUGUAAAAAAAAUAAUUUGAAUUCAGUUUCUGCAGAGUUUUCAUUUGUCUUGAAUUUAGAGCAAGAUUCUGAUUGUUACUCAACCAUGCAAGCUAACAAUCUUCUCGUUGUCCUCUUUCUGCGUGAGUCACAGAGAGGAGGGUUCAGAGAUACUGCAGCUCCAGGACAAUUUUAGCAGGGACGGAAAAAGAAUGAGUAAAUGUCACUUAAAACAAAAGUUAGACUGUGUAAAAAUGUACUAAAAUAAGAGUAAAAAGCAGGUCAGAUAAAAUCUACUGUGAGCGAA